GUCUCUAGUUUUCUUGCGAUGGCCUUGGUUUUGGUAUUGGGAUAAUGCCAGCCUCAUAGAAUGAGUUCUGUUCUCUUCUACUUUCUGGAAGUUUGUGAAGGAUCCGUGUUCUUUUGAGCCAACUCCUGAGGGCUGGAUUAGUUCCGUUUCAACUUUAAGCUGGGGCAAUAGCAUGGCCUGCAAGUGGGUGUUUUGUAGAUUCAGAUAACUGGAGCCACAGGGUCUGCUGGCACAGGAGCACAGAAGGUAGAGAGUAGGAGCGGCUCAAUCAGGAAGGGCCAGGUUGGCAUGAGGAGGCCCCAGAGGUUUAGCACUGAGCAGUGAUGGGAAUGAUUCUGUGCUGGGUGGAGGGGGCUGGAGGCCAAGGAGGCCUGAGGAGAGGAAGUGGAGGGGGUUCCAAGAGGCAGCCAGAGGGGCCAGGCUGGGUGACUUGAGGCAGGCCAGACAAGGGCACUGGGAACAGAGGCACUGAGGUGGGACAGAGCCUCAAAGCCUGGGUGCAGUGGGAAGAAGCCCAGAGAGUGGCUCUGAGGCGGGGCCUUGAAACCAGGGGUGGGUGCCCAGGGUGGACGGCUAGGUGAAGUCAGGCCCAGGCUGCUAGAGCCACACUGCACCUGACCCAUCUUGGUGGCAGUCUGUGUGCAGGUGGAAGAUGGAGGAGGCAGGAUGCCUGGGAAGCCAGCAAGGGCCGCUGCUGGCCUUUGGCCAGCCCCAGGGCACUCUCUGGGCGAGGCGCCUACCUAUGGGCAAGCAGCGUGGGAGUUGCCGAGGACUAGACCCCUGGCUCCUUGGAGAAUCUCUGGCUGGAGGCUUGUGGAGUCCCCCAGGAAAGUGGAGAAAAUGUGGGCGGGGUACGUGCCGGAUCCCGUGCUCCCGCGCCGCCCGCCGUGCAGGUGCAGUUCUCCAGAGGCCACUUUCCCGAGGGGUGGGACCUGGGCGGGGCCUCAGAGCCGACGCUCCGCGCCUGCCUUGGAUUUCCAGCCAAGCUGUCUGGACUCGCAGGUGUUGGGGGAGCGGGAGGCCUCCUUUGCUUGAUGCAAAGUCUUCUGGAUUCCUUCUUGCACCGACAGACGUGGGCCUCCUGUCUGUCCCCAGCGCCCACCACCCUCCGUGCAGCCCGGGGAAACUGAGGCCCGCAGGGGGCGGCCGCGCAGCGUGACGCGGCGGGGGCGGGGCCGGGAGGGGCGGUCCCGGGAUCCUCACCUGCCCGCCCCGUCCCCCGCCGAGAGGGGAGGAGCCGGCGGCUGCAGGCCCGGGCCGGCGGGCGCGGCGGGCAUGGCGGGAUCGCGGCCGCGGAGCUGGGGCCGGCGGGAGGCGGGCGCCUGGGACGAGGCGGCGGCGGCGGCGGCAGCCGGGGGGCGCGGCCCGGGGCCGUGCCGGUGCGCGCAGGGGAGACGAGCGUGGGCCGCCCCAGGGAAGCCGGCCGUGCCCGCCGCGUGGACGCCCUUCAUGGCGGCCGAGGAGAUGCACUGGCCUGUCCCUAUGAAGGCCAUUGGUGCACAAAACCUGCUAACUAUGCCUGGGGGCGUGGCCAAGGCUGGCUACCUGCACAAGAAGGGCGGUACCCAGCUGCAGCUGCUCAAAUGGCCCCUGCGCUUUGUCAUCAUCCACAAGCGCUGCGUCUACUACUUCAAGAGCAGCACCUCCGCCUCUCCGCAGGGCGCCUUCUCCCUCAGUGGCUAUAACCGGGUGAUGCGGGCGGCUGAGGAGACCACGUCCAACAAUGUUUUCCCCUUCAAAAUCAUCCACAUCAGCAAGAAGCACCGCACGUGGUUCUUCUCCGCUUCCUCCGAGGACGAGCGCAAGAGCUGGAUGGCUUUGCUGCGCAGGGAGAUUGGCCACUGCCACGAGAAGAAGGACCUGCCCCUGGACACCAGUGACUCCAGCUCAGACACAGACAGCUUCUAUGGUGCAGUGGAGCGGCCUGUGGAUAUCAGCCUCUCCCCAUACCCCACGGACAGUGAAGACUAUGAGCAUGAUGACGAGGAUGACUCCUACAUGGAGCCCGACUCCCCGGAGCCCGGAAAGCUUGAGGAUGCCCUGAUGCACCCACCGGCCUACCCACCACCCCCAGUGCCCAUGCCUAGGAAGCCAGCCUUCUCUGACAUGCCCCGGGCCCACUCCUUUACCUCUAAGGGCCCCAGUCCCCUGCUGCCACCCCCACCCCCUAAACAUGGCCUCCCAGAUGUUGGCCUGGCUGCCGAGGACUCCAAGAAGAACCCACUGGGCCUGAGGUGGGCUGAGCCUUACCCCAGGGUACCUGCUACCUCCCGGAGGAUGAGCGACCCCCCAAUGGGCAGCGUGCCUACCACACCUGGCCUUCGGAAACCCCCUUGCUUCCGGGAGAGUGUGAGCCCCAGCCUGGAGCCCUGGAGCCCUGGCCACGGGGCCUGCUCCACUUCCAGUGCCACCACCCUGGCCACUGCCACCUCCAGAAACUGUGACAAACUCCAGUCAUUCCAUCUGUCCCCACGGGGACCGCCCACAUCUGAGCCCCCACCUGUGCCAGCCAACAAGCCCAAGUUCUUGAAGACAGCUGAAGAGGACGCCCCAAGGGAGGUGGCCAAGCCUGGACUCUUUGUGCCCCCCGUGGCUCCCCGACCUCCUGCACUGAAACUGCCAGUGCCUGAGGCCACGGCACGGCCUGCAGUCCUGCCCAGGCCAGAGAAGGCUCAGCUCCCCCACCUUCAGCGAUCGCCCCCCGAUGGGCAGAGUUUCAGGAGCUUCUCCUUUGAAAAGCCCCGGCAACCCUCGCAGGCUGACAGUGAAGGGGAGGACUCAGACGAGGACUAUGAGAAGGUGCCACUUCCCAACUCGGUCUUCAUCAACACCACGGAAUCCUGCGAGGUGGAAAGGCUGUUCAAGGCCACCAGCCCCCGGGGAGAGCCCCAGGAUGGACUCUACUGCAUCCGGAACUCCUCUACCAAGUCGGGGAAGGUCCUGGUUGUGUGGGAUGAAACCUCCAACAAACUGAGGAACUAUCGCAUCUUUGAGAAGGACUCUAAGUUCUACCUGGAGGGCGAGGUCCUGUUUGUGAGUGUGGGCAGCAUGGUGGAGCACUACCACACCCACGUGCUGCCCAGCCACCAGAGCCUGCUGCUGCAGCACCCCUACGGCUACACCGGGCCCAGGUGAUGCCUGCCCGUGUGGCUGCCAGACAGGCAGUCACAGGGGCCCUGACCCCAGGCCAUACCAAUGGACACGGGCCCACAUGGGAGGGUGAGCGGGAGCAAGCCUGUGCUUGCCUAGGGCCUCCAUGAUGGAUGUCUUCUAGGGCCCAGCCAGUCUCAUCCAGCAGGCCGGGCUCCAGGGCUGGACCAGGCUCUAGGCUCCAGAGGACGAGGGGACUCUCUUAUCCCACACGACCUUGCCCUGUCCCAACCCCAGAAUCCCAGGACCAAGCCCUGCCUGGGCUCUGAGGACAGGAAACUGGUCCCCCCAGCACACAAACCCCACAGUGGGCUGGGAGCCAGGCAGGGUUGGGGCAGAUGGUUGGGGGCUGGGGCUGGCCCUGGGACCCCCAAGGAACGCUAAGACACAGGCUCCAGUAGGGGCUGUUGCCCGUAAUAAAGCAGCGAUGACCUUUGC